AUGAUCUCUGCCCUUCGUCCCACCGGCUUCAACCUGAUCUACACGCUCAAAGCGCCCUCUACCCCGCUGACGUCAGCCAAGAAGUUCUUAUCGAUAUCAACUCGCAGCAUGGCGACCGGAAACGACGUAAAGAUCACUUCCUGGGUGAAUCCAAAUGACAAGUCUGGAGAAUUCAAGCGCGGACAGUCGGCGUUUAGGAAUUGGAUCUCCAGCAAGCCCGGAGCUCAGUUCCCGCCGGAGAAAGACAGAUAUCAUCUCUACGUCUCCUACGCUUGCCCAUGGGCUCAUAGAACCCUUAUCACGAGGAAGUUGAAAGGGUUGGAAGAUAUCAUCCCCUACACGGCUGUCCAUUGGCAUAUGGGAGAGAAGGGAUGGCGAUUCGUUACCUCUGACGAGAAUGUGCCGGGUGAAAAUGUGACGGCCGAACCAUUGAAUGGGUACUCUCAUCUGCGUGAGAUUUACUUCUCUGUUGACCCAGAGUACAAGGGCCGCUUCACGGUGCCGACACUAUAUGACAAGAAGACGAAACAGAUUGUCAGCAACGAGAGCUCGGAGAUAAUUCGCAUGUUCUAUCAUGAAUUUGACGGCCUGUUGGACGACAAAUAUAAAUGCGUCGACCUGCUUCCCGCGGCAUUGGAGAAGGACAUUGACGCUGCCAAUGAAUGGAUUUACGACACCGUCAACAACGGCGUGUACAAGUGUGGAUUCGCAACCACCCAGGAAGCGUAUGAGAAAUCAAUCACGCCACUCUUUUCAUCCCUCGACAGAAUCGAAGAACACCUGUCCAAGACAUACUCCCCUUCUACGCCCUAUUACUUCGGCAAAGAUAUCACAGAGGUAGACAUUAGGCUGUUCACGACCAUCAUCCGCUUCGACCCCGUAUAUGUGCAGCACUUUAAGACAAAUAUUCGUGAUAUUAGGUCUGGAUAUCCGGCUAUUCAUCGCUGGCUGAGGCACUUGUACUGGGACAUCCCGGCGUUUGGGGAGACGACACAGUUCGAACAUAUCAAGAAGCAUUAUACCAAGAGUCAUGGACAGAUUAAUCCGUUUGGCAUUACUCCUGUUGGACCAUUGCCAGAUAUCAUGCAUAAGGAUGAAGAGGUUAAUGCUGUCAAGAAGUGA